GUCUCUUUUUUCCCCACUCGAUAGUUAUCCAGUCCAUUCUUUCUUUCUUUCUUUUCUUUUUCUUCGCUGUGUUCUUGUUGUGGCGGUUCUUUGAUUUCCUUCUCGUUCUUGUCAAUCUCAUCUGUGCAUUCGAGUCUUGCACCAUGAGAAACUUUGAAAAUCCUCUCACGCUCCUCAAGGCCAUUCUUGUGCGCAUCCCCCUCGUGCUCAAGGUCAUCUUCCUCCAUAGCAUUCGCCUCUCCCCCGUCCAUGGGAAGCAGGACUUGCGCACCGAGUUGACCGUCGCUGUCAUCCGGUCGCUCCUAAGCUUCAGCUCCUCGAUAUCCCAGCAACAGAAGGCCAGCAUGCGCGAUCCGGGCAUCAAGGGUCCCAUGUGGGUGUCCAAGGUGACCUUCCCGCCGCCGGAGAUCGACGUGCAACACGCCGUUGUGAACGCCAUUGAAGCGCUCAAGACCGGCGAGGAGACCUACAAUCUCCCCGGCGUGGCGCCGGUGGAAGCAGAGUGGACCGGGUAUCGCAGUGGCGUGGACAAGAAUGCUCCGCAGCCCGACAUCUCCGAGGAAGUCAAGUACGAGGCGUUGAAGCAGGAGUCGAAGGAGGAUAUGGUCAUCCUCUACUUCCACGGGGGCAUUUACUUCCUCAUGGACCCCUGCACCCACCGUCCCACCGUCGCACAACUCUCCAAACGCACUGGAGCCCCCGUCCUCUCCGUGCGAUAUCGUCUGGCCCCCCAACACCCCUUCCCCGCCGCCCUCACCGACGCCCUCGUCGCCUACCUUUCGCUCAUCGCCCCGCCCCCCGGCUCCCUGCACGACCCCGUUCCAGCCCGCAAGAUCAUCCUCGCCGGCGACUCCGCCGGCGGCAAUCUGGCCCUCGUCCUGUGCCAACUCCUCCUCACCCUGCGCCGCACCCAGCCCACCCUGCGCUUCCACGGCCGCGACCUCCACUCCAUCGAUCUCCUCCCCGCCGGCGUCGCCACCUCCAGCCCCUGGUGCGACAUGACCCGCUCGAUGCCCUCGGUCGCCCACAACGCCAUCUACGACUACCUCGACGCGCCGACCUCCACCCCGGCAACGGAACCCUAUUUCCGGCCGCUCGUCGUUCCUGCCGACGACAUCUGGCCCGUCAAACCGCCCCGCGUCGACCUAUACACCCACGCCUCGGCGCUCCUGCACCCGCUCGUCUCCCCUAUUGCCAGCACCCCGGCCCUGUGGACCGAGGCCCCGCCGAUCUUCAUGUCUAUUGGGGAGGAAGGUCUUACGGAUGAAGCGCUCGUCCUCGCCCGCACGAUCCACCGCGCGGGCGCCCCCAUCUAUGUCGAGCAGUUCGAGGGCAUGCCCCAUUGUUUCGGGCUGGUCAUGCUGGAUGCCCCCGCCGGGCGUCGGUUCUAUGAUGGCAUGGCCCGCUUCUGCCGCCAGGCUGUCGAUGUGGCGGCAGCAGACCGCGCUGCAGACAAGCCAGCCCUUCCAGACCAGACGAGAAGCGGCGAGAUCACCUACAUCGGAUACAAAUUGCUGUCCGAGAAGACGAUCCCCUUGGAGGAAGCCGUACCGCUUACUGACGAGGAGAUCGAGGAGCGGUUGCGCGUGAAUGCGUUGUGGCGGCAGGAGGGCGAGAGGGAGCUGCAGAGGGAGUGGGCGGAGAAGGCUCAGUUGUGAUUGAUCAUCCGGGGGGAGUGGGGGGCGGGGGAAGGGUUCUCUCAAGACACUCCCGCCUCCCUUCACAUUACCCCCCCUUUGGUGGUGAUUCUCUCUUGUCAUUGUCGGUCCUUUUGCAUCAAGGUUUCUGGGUUUCGUUUCAAGGCCUUAGAGGAUUGGUGUUUGCUUGGCGUUGUUAUGUGUCUUACUAUUUCGAUGCUGUGUUUUUGGGGGUUGAAUACCCUGUUAGAUGCUUCGUGUUCAGCAUGACUAUACAUGCGCUGAAGAUCCAUCUGUACAAAUAUAGAAGCAACGAACGUUUAGAG